UAUCACCCAAACGAGAAUCAUAGAACUGCGAGYCUUGYUGUAUGUCUUGUUGAAUCCAAGACGAUGAGAAAAGAGGACAAUACAACUCGUCYCAAUCUUCAGUAUCAAGAACAGCGAGAGCCCACUCGGAAAUUUGAAGAGAGUAAGCAACAAAAUCAACCUUUGAAGCAGUCGAAGGGUGAAGAAAACAGCAACAACAGCAUCGGAGGAAGCAAGAAAAACUCGAAUUAUCCUCCGAUUCCUUCGCAAGUCUUCAUAGAUCAAAUUCCGAUUGCCGAUCUUGCCACCKCUGGCGUUGACGUUCCGGGCGUUGAUUGUAGCCAUAAUACUGACGAUAAGAACAGCAUUUCCACUCCAGCAGGUAACACCCAGAAACRAUUGUUACCAACGUAUCCCACUACAACAAACAAAAGCAAGAACGAUCAUUCCUCCCCGAAUAUUGUUGCUCCCGACAGCCCUAUUUCAGAUACGGGAAGAAGGGUACUCAAUCCAAGUGGAACUCGAGAAGGCAAUCCAAACAGCGAGAGCAACUCAACGAAAGAAGAACUCGGAGGAAACAGAAGUCACGGCUUUCGCCCUUUUUCCAGCGAAGGCACGGAAAAUAUGGUUGUAGACGACUCUUUCUCCCAGGCCCUCCUAAAUCUUUCUUUCAACGACCGGAAUGCUAUCCACGAGGAGAUCCAUGGCGUUUCGUGCAUGGCACCAGACGAAGAUGCCCCUGGAUUUCACCAAUUACGUGCGCAAGUCCUCUAUGCGAUGAACAUCGAAUUGAACAGCAUCCAACAAAAGCCUGCCUUUGAUCGCGCCCAAGAAAUGCACCGRGCAGCUCAAGGGGGCAACAGUGCAACCAGCAGCAUUGCGUACGUGAACACGGACGCAUUCCGGCUCGGUUUUUUGCGGUGCGAGCUCUUUGAUCCUAAAAAAGCGGCCCAACGAAUGGUCACCUACCUUGAGUUGGUCAACAAGAUAUACGGUCCAGAUGCAUUGAUGCGGCCGAUCCGCCUCUCCGAUUUCAGCAGAGACGAUAUGGCCUUUUUGAGAGGCGGGGAUUACCAGCUUCUCCCUUACCGCGAUAGAAGCGGACGACGCAUCCUAUGCAUUGUGACCAACAACCGGGACGAUAUUUCGGAUAUGGUUCGGGUACGUUUUGCGUUUCUUCGUUUUCGUUUUUGUGCUUGUUUGGGAUGUUAUUUGACUUGUGUUGAUAGCAUGGAGAUACGACGAUUCUGCAAUCUUUUUCUCGCCCUCUGUCAAUGAUCUGCACUUASUUUGUCAUUGACGUUUCUAAAUUGUUGGGUUGCUUCAUGUUUUUGUUCCUCGAACGUUUUCUGAUUCCAUACAAACUCAACCUCCCUCCCAAAAACCUAAUGAAAACAAUAGACAAAGGUUUUGAUGUAUCUCUGGGUGGUAGCCGCCGAGGACGUUGAAAGCCAGAGAAAGGGAAUGAUYGUCAUUAGUUACAGUGGACCGCAGAUCACGAAAAGCGCGUCCGAAGAGGACGCCAGUAGCAACGUCAAGCAGCAAAAAUUCCAUGCCUCACGCGUUACCACUCACGCCGUUGUGGGACAGGCAGUCCCGAUGCGCGUUGUCGCGAUUCAUUUUUGUUUACCCAAUAAGCCUAUAUUUGCUGUGUUCUCCCGGAUAUAUGGGAUGUCAUUAGGAGCCUGGUCGUCCCGCGUGUCAUUCCACUUGGGGGAGGGAAUAGAAAUAAGGUACAAACUCAAGAGUUACGGGAUUCCGAUCGAGCUGAUCCCCUCGACGGACACCGGAAACGUCAAGCAYGUCAACCUGAAACAAUGGAUCAAACUGCGAGAGUUUUUKGAGCGGUAUSAAGCGUCAGGUGGAAAUGGAGCUCAGUGUAGUUUUGGACAAACAUUUGGACAAAUUUCGUCUGAYAGUGAAGAUGCCAUGGAUAUCGAAUACAGCGUUGGUGGCAACACUCAAGCUAUGAAGCAAUACUUGCAAAUGCAGCAAAAUCAGCUUAAUCAAGUUCAGCAGCAGCAGCAGCAGCGACAGCAGCCAUCACACCAGCUUACGUUACCSCGAUUUUUUAUUGUUGAAUGCCCUGGGUCGAACGAUGUGAUYUUUCGGCGUGGCAAGUCCAUGAUCUACCACCCGGGCAACGCCAUGUUUCAGAGCCUGAUCGAAUCUCGUCUCGAGGCACACACCAAAGCGAAUCAAUCGGGAAAGGUGGCUAUUGUUGCAGAAUUGAUCCAUACGAUACGUGGCAUCAAGGGUGGACGGUUUUUGACCUGGGACUCGAAACACAGCUGGUGGCAAGACAUGACGAUCCCAACCUUUACCUUUACCAGUGCGCAGGCUCAGGAAUCAGAGAUCCAGUCCAAGGUUAAUUACGCCUUUCGAGAUUUCAAGAAGAAGAUGAAGACCCAGCAAAACCUGCAAAUCUCCAGGUCUAGUACUUACGCCUUUGAACGCCAGGACGGAAUCCAACGGAAACGCUUUAAAAGUGGGUCAGUCGAUCGCGAUGCGAGUGGUGGAUGCGGUGAAUGUKGAUGUGGGGGAAACAACACCAGCGCCCACAACUUGRUUAGCGAUGGUGGGGAGUACUAAACAAGUGAUAGGUCGCGUAUAAUAGUGAUUGUACAUGCCACAAGCACCGCAACGGGCGGAAGAACGUGCUAUUCGUUGUCGAGAAGAAUAUUUGAAUAUAUUUGGCUUUCUAGA